ACCCAUUGAACAAUUUUUGCGAAUAUUUAUCGGAAUAUCUAAAAACAUUCUACAUCAAGAACACGUACAUAUGCAAGAGAAGGAAAAUGUAUUAGACAUAUCUUUGCAAAAUGAAAAUGACAAAAAUUAUGAAGAGGAAUUAUUUGUCGGACUACCUGAAACUGUUUGUUAUGAACAACAUAUAAAUAUGCAAAGAAACGAAAAUAUUCCAAAUAUAUCUUUGAUAGACAAUACUGGAAAAAAUUGUGAAGAAAAAAUACAAGUUACUACAGAUCCCAAAGAUAUCCCAAUAAAUCUAUUAGAACCUAGGAUUACCCUAAUGAAGCUCACACAUCAAGACUGCGAAAAAUAUUUUAAGAAUAGUCAGCAAUCAUUAGCGUUUAUUGAAAAUACUAUUCCAUCAAAAAUUACACGAAAACGGAAAGCACGUCAACCUUGCAGUCGUUGCAGAUAAAAAUAACCAUAUAUAUUUUAAGAUAUACGUUAUAUUUUAGUAUGCGUGCUUCCUACUGUUCUUUUGUUGGCUUGUUAUGUAAUUAUUAUGUAAUUAUGUAACACACAUUGUUUCGGAAAUGUUUAUAAUACAUAUUAUUAAAGAAAAUAACUUUGAAUAUUAGUAUAUAAGUAAUUUUUAUAUAAUUCACCUUAAAGUAUUGUGAGAAAUUAGCAGUAAAUACUUUCAACCUAAUCUUGCAUACAGCCUUAGUCUACAACACAUUUCAGUACGUAAUGCUUAACAUAUAUAAUACUGUUAUAUUGGCAACAAAUCGACUGUCUUAGAAUAUGUGUGCGAUAAAUGUCAUAAAAAAUAUGUAUUAAAAAAGAUGCUGACAAUUCUAAAUAUUUUUAUACACUUCAAAUAAAAGUAAGACAUGCUUAUGGCAUAUAUAUUUUGUACACCGAUGAAAUUUGUGCUUUGCAAAUUGAACAAGUUUUAUCAUCAUCACUACCUUGCAUGAUUUAACUAGAAUAAUCUGCACAAGUGCAGAAGUGACCGCACAGUAUGAAAAGAUGAGUUGAUUCAGUAAUAAUACACAUAAAUAAUGCACGUACGAUCAGAUUUUACUUUUUCUUCACUUUUUUCGCACCCCGUUUCCUAUUGUGUCCGUUUCCUACUGUGUCCGUUUUUUAUUGUGUCCGUUUGUUACUGUGUCCGAUUGUCAUUGUGUCCGUUUCUUCCUAUGUCCGUUUCUUACUGUCUCCGAUUGCAACCACAGUGUGUCCGUUUCCUGCUGUGUCCGUUUCAUGUUGUAUCCAUUUUUCUGUGUCCGAUCUCACUGUGUCCGUUUCUCACUGUGUCCGAUUGCAACCACCGUGUAUCCGUUUCUUACUGUGUCCGUUUCUUAGUGUGUCCGUUUCUCACUGUGUCCGAUUGCAACCACAAUGUGUCCGUUUCAUGCUGUGUCCGUUUCAUGUUGUGUCCAUUUUUCUGUGUCCGAUUCUCACUGUGUCCGUUUCUUACUGUGUCCGUUUCCUACUGUGUCCGUUUGAUACUGUG